CUCUAGCCCAGCCCGGUCCCGGAGCGACCGCUCGGCUCAGGCGGGAGAUGCGGCUCCGGGAGCGCGGCGCCCGCGGCCAUGGGACUGGGGCAGGCGCUGGUGGCCGCGACCAUGUGCGCCGCGGUGCUGGGCUGCGUGGGAGCGUCCCGGCUGCUGAGCGGGCAGACAGUUUGCCGGGGUGGAACUCAGCGACCGUGCUACAAAAUCAUUUACUUUCAUGAUGCUUUGCGCAGGAUCAACUUUGAAGAAGCGCACCAGACAUGCAGAAGAGAUGGUGGGCAUUUAGUCAGUAUUGAAUCAGGAUCAGAACAGAGACUGAUUGAAAAAUUGAUUGAGAGUCUCUUGGCUUCAGAUGGAGAUUUUUGGAUAGGACUUAGGAGAAAAGAGGAAGACGUGGACAAUAGCACAGAAUGUCAGGGCCUGUAUUCAUGGUCUGAUGGCAGUACAUCCAAAUUUCGGAAUUGGUAUACAGAUGAGCCUUCCUGCGGGAGUGAGAUCUGCGUUGUGAUGUACCACCAGCCCUCUGCCCCGGCAGGUGUCGGAGGUUCCUAUAUGUUUCAGUGGAAUGAUGACAGAUGCAACAUGAAAAAUAACUUCAUUUGCAAAUAUUCUCUCGAAAAACCAACUGCUGCCCCAGAAGAGAACUCCCAAGUGGAUGUUGUCACAGGGUCCUGGAAGCCAACGUUCCCAGAAGAACGCAUUAAGGAAGAUGCCAAUGAAACCCUUAAAGAACCCAAAGAACCUGUUUUGAGUCUUGUCUACAUCUUAAUUCCCAGCAUCCCUCUGCUCCUUCUCCUGGUGGUCGUUACAGCCAUCUUCUGUUUUUGGCUUUUUGCAAAGAGGAAACGAGAGCACAUGGAGGCGAGUCCAAAGGAACAAGAUGCCUGGAUCUCCCCCCACAGGAAGAACAGUCCCAAUUUGGAGAUUUACAAUGUAAUUAAAAAACAAAUGGAGGCAGAUCUUGCUGGGACCAGGCCAGAUACUAAGAAUUCUUCCUUCCGCACCCCUUCCGGAGACCACACGUCUGACAACUUCUCCGGAGAUUACGACAACGUGGCUGUGAAUGCUACAGAGAGCGGUUUUGUGACAUUGGCUAGUACUGAAAGUGGCUUUGUGACCAAUGAGAUCUAUGAGCUGUGCAAUGAUCGGAUGGGACAAAGCAAGGAGUCGGCCUGGGUGGAAAACGAAAUCUAUGGAUAUUAAGGAAACUGGAAUCACUUGGAUGUGGGUGACAUAGCAAAUAAAAACACGAGUAGUCUCCCACACAUCAUAUUUAACGGUAACACAAAAAUUGUGUGUGUGGCAGUGCAUAGUGGUUUCAGAUCACCUCUGUGCUCAUUCAUUUUUUUUUAAAGGCUAUGUUAUUUGAAAAGUUGAACACAACAGAAUGUAUUUAGCUUGCCUUGCUUCAAACCCCUGUUCAAUACUGGGAAUGAUCUGUCUUGGUCUUGAUUCUUUUUUUCUGUUGGAACUACAAUAUUUUCUGAGCUCCGGACAUGAAAAUAUUUCUAUAUUUUUGCAACUAAAAAUCAGUCCAAGUUCCAAAUUCUUUCGUUUUGUUAACGGAUCUCAUCCACAUGGAUGUUUUUAAGUCGUACGCAGGCCAUCCUUGCUUUCUCCUAGCUGCACUGGAGAAUGGUGACAGGUUGGUCAUUUGUUUCCAUCUCAAACCAUGUUUUAGUUACAUAGAUACCCUCACCAACUGGUUUGUAGUGUUGCCAGUCAGGCGCUUCAUUAGGGAUUGGCAGUGUAGCCCAUGGUCCUUUCCCUCCUUCCUAGUCCCGCUAGCCAUGCAGGGUUUCUCAGAGACUUUAAAUGAUCUCAUUAAAUGAUCUCCUCUAUUUAUUUAAUAAUUUUUAUUAAAAGAACCAAAUAGACAAACGAUUUCAAAAAUCUCAGCAGAUGUGUGGGUGUUGUAUGACUGAUCAUUUUGCCUCACUUAUUCUCCUGGCAAGAGAAUGGCAAAGCAGUGACACACGCAGCACCUUCUCAGUGGUGUGUAGGAGGGAAAGGGCUAUUGCAAAGUAUUUUUAAAUAGCCUCAGAAGUUGCUGCAAUCUGAUGGGCUUCUAUGUUGGUUUUGCUCUCCAGAGUUAUGCUAAUAUGCCUCAGUGACAAGUUAAAUAUUGGUUACUUUAUUAUAGAGUAAAUAGCCAGUUACUGACUGAUGGAUUGUAGAUUCCCCUCCCCCGCCCCCCCCCAUGCUCGUGAGCUGUACUGGAUGCUAUGAAGAUUGAUAAAAUGGCUCCUCUGACCGCAGACUGAUGACAUGUUGCUAAUCUCAGCACGGAUGGGAUUACUAAAAAAGCAAAUUUAAUAGAGUUUCUAAGCAGCUAGGAGAAGUGCAGAGUACACCCAAGCCAUGGAGAUGGAGUGCAGAGUACACCCAAGCCAAGGAAUGUUCCUUCCUACCUUUCUUUGGAAGGAAGCUGCCAAACAUCUAUGCAAGUGACCCUCCGCUGGAGUUUGUAUCUAAAUCCCCAAUAACCCACAAGUAUUUAGAUUGGAGCAACAGUGUGAUUGUAAGGGAUGUGCCGGCAGCUCUGUGGUUGAAUUAAGUUCCUGCUUUAUCGACUAGUGAAUGCAUUAAGAUUACAAUUAAUUUUUGAGCUGUUGAUACACAAGUAUGAGGCUUUUGUUAUCAUGUGAAGUCUAGGACAUGGGCUGUGAGAUGAACUGAAUCUAUCUUAGUUAAGCCUUUUGAAGCACAAUACAAGAUUUAAGACAGCCCUCCGAUCAAAGAUUCAGGAUUAUAUAUUGGAAAUGAAGGUGAGCAUUGGUCUGGGCAUCUUUCUUGCCCCUUCUCUCCAGUAUUUUAUCCCAUUUAGUCUCUUUUCUACCUGAGAGGAUAAUGUCAGAUAUCGCAGACAAUGUGGAAAGGAGACUGAAAUAAGUGUGUGACUGGCAAUUUCUUUAUACUGUACUUGUCUGGCUCCUGAUUGCAUGGAGAGGUGCCCAGAGUUGCCUUGAGCCACCUGAAAUGAGUUUGAACACCACAAAACUUUCCUAGAAAAGACCAAAACCAAGAUGGACAAUGUGCAAACUCUGUGGAUCUGCCAAUGGCCAUGUAUUCUUUGAGAACUGGAUGCCUGUGACUUUGUACUUUAAUACUGCCAAAGAGCCCCUUUCACGCAUUGAAAAGGCAUUUGAGGGAUUGUGAUGAGGAAGCUAUGAAUCAAAAAGUGACCAAGGAAGUACUCUCAUUUCCUAUGUAUCCGACAACUGACACAGUUAAAUCUGACUUACUCCAUAAUGGCAACAAGCUAGUUUCAGUCCUGAUGCAAGUUCUGCUGCACAAGCGUGAGCUGUGUGGCUCGAAGCUUGUGUCACUCACCACCAGGUGUUGUCCCAAUAAAAGAUAUUACCUCACCCACCUAUGGUAAGCCAAGAGAGAGGCAUUUCCCAAACACAAGCUAAUUUAUCCCAACGAAGCUUUACCAUGAUAACCUAUCCAAUACAGCAAGCCUAGCUGUAUCUGUUCUGGGAUGCUGACAAGCUCUUGAGCGAGAUGUGGCGGGGAGGAGUGGAAUCAGAAUCUGAACUCAGGAGAGAGCAGCACUGAUGACUUGGGGUUUACUAUUAUCUUGAUGAUCAAUAGAGCUUUCUAAUGCCUGUGUUUUGCUUGUUUGUAUGCAGUCCUUUGAAUGUUUGGAUUAUGGUAAUCACGGCUUUGUGUGCUCUACGGGAAGCUUGAUAUAAAUCAUGUGGCAAGGUUCCUGCACUGUCCAGUGCAGCAGACUGGAGCGCCGGUGUCCGCUUCAGAUAAGUGUAAAAAUGGAGAUUCAUAUUUAACUAGGUACAAAAAUGAAUACACUUAUGGCAGGUUUCCCUUAGCUUUUGAAUAUUAAAUGCCAUUUAUUUUAUGCUGGCCUUACAUUUCAUGCUCUGUAUGAUGCAGAAUGUGUGGUGGGGUUUUUGGUUUUGGUUUAAAAUGCCUAGCUAAUCUUUUUGAGCUGGCAGGGGGAAGCUGGAGGAUUUUGCGGCUGCAUAGGCAUUUAGGAAGGUGCGGGAGGAAGCUUGGGUUUGUGAGAUAAGCACACUAACUGGAUGCAAAAAUGAGGAUCAUCUGUGAGAUAUAUUAAUGUUGACACUGAAAUUUGCAUCAUUAACAUAUAAGGUUAAUACCCCAUUGAAAUGAAUUGAGGGACAGUUCACGCCUAAGCUUUUGCUUCAGGCUGUCCGCAAACUCAGGCAGAUAACCUUGCAUUGAUUUGCAUUUGGUUCACAUUUGGAAAGUUUUGGACACCACCCUCAGAGCUUGAGACAUUCUUUUUAAGUGUACGCUUGGGUUGUGGCUCACAAUUUUGCAGCAAGGGGUAGAUUUUGAGGUAAAUUCUGUGGCGGUGGAAGGAGGAAAUGUGGUCUUGACAAACAGCAAUGUGUCUUCUAGAACCUGUUUACAGAAUUCUUGUACCCGUUUCGUCCUGCUAAUAACACUUCUGCUGUGAAUAUGUUCAUUGGGUUGGAUUCUGAAAUGUAUAGCAGCUUGCUGGGAACUAUUAUGUCCAUUCUUGUCCAAGUUUAUCCAGAGCUGGCUGCACCAGUCUGGGAUUAGACAGUUGUGAUCUAUCUGUUCCUGCAUGCUCUGAUGUCCCGUCAUGGAAGGUUAACAUGCUUGUUUUUAUGUUCUCAUGUUGAAUGUGUCCAGUUCCUGAGAGAUCCCACAGCAUUUUGUAUUGUCUACACUUACACUAAUUCCGGUCUGAUUCUGGAGUUGCUCUCAAACAGGGCUUGUUUCCUAAAACUGGGAUUUUGCCUGAACAUAUCUCACUGGUCUGAAAAUGAACUGGGAGUGUUGAAUAGCAGAGUGCCGGAUACUUGGUGUCUAUUUUAAAGGAGAGGAAGGCUGGUCCAGUGUUUAGGACACUAUCCUGGGACACCUGGGUUCAGUUCUGUACUCUGCCACAGUCUGACCAUGGGCAUGUUACUCAGCUUCUCUUUCGCUCCAUUCCCCAUCUGUAUAAUGGGGAUAAUAGCACUGCCCUACCUCACAGGGGUGUUGUGAGGAUAAAUACAUUAAAGAUGAUGAGCUGCUCAGAAA